AUGUACGCAGCCUCGCAGCUCCAGGCUGCCAAAGGAUCAUCCUCCGCAGGAGGCAUCAGUGCUACGGAUUUAUUAUCGUCCUCUACUGCAGACCUGAGUAAGACAUCGCCAACUUCGACUGCAUCUAAACCUUUUGAUGCCAUUAUUGCUAUCGGUGUUCUCAUCAAGGGAGAGACAAUGCAUUUUGAGUACAUUGCGGAUGCGGUGUCUCAUGGGUUGAUGCGUGUCCAACUUGAUACCGGCGUGCCAGUCAUUUUCGGAGUGCUCACUGUUCUGACGGAAGAACAAGGCCUGGAAAGAGCCGGUCUUGGCGAGAAGGGAAUGCAUAAUCAUGGUGAGGAUUGGGGUAAAGCGGCUGUGGAACUCGGUUUGAAGAGAAGAGAUUGGGUAGAAGGGAAAAUCGUUUAG